AUGAAUAACGAAAUUAGUGGAACUCCGAAGCCCAUUUUUAGAAAUCGCUUCACAUAUAUUGUGUAUGAAUAUUCACAUACCUGGUAUUUCCAACUCACAAUUAUACUUACACUAUUUAAUAUAGUUGCUGGUAUUUGCUACAAUAAGGCUCGAAUAAAUCAUAAUUAUUCAGAGACUAGCCUUUAUACUGUCAAGAUUGUUAUUGUAUUUUCUUCAGCCUUUACAUUAUUAUUUGGUUUAAUAACAAGCAUUCUCAAUAUAAUAUCGCGUACAACAAAUGUAAACCAAUUAGUUAAACUGAAGUUUCUAACAGAGAUGAAGCGUAUCAAUCCUGGGUCAAAUCAACUUUUGUGGAAUCAAUUGACUUUAAACAUCAAUACAUUUAUUUACAAUGAGAAUUAUUGGAAUACUCCGUAUUUCUUUUAUGAUAAAAACUCAGCCAUGAAAUAUUUUUAUGAGUUUGCUAUCAAUCCGUAUAUGAUUGACUUGGAUGAAUUAUCAGAAUUAGAAAAGAAAACAAGCUAUUAUAGAAUGUUGAGUUGCAUGACUCGAGAAAAUCUAGGUUUAGAAGAUAUCAUCGCAACAGUUAGAAAACAAUAUUUUAAUGAGAUUGGUAGAGGUAUAACCGGUUCUUAG